UGUCAAGAACGCCAAGGUCAAACCAAUUUUGUUAUAAACAAAAAUAUCACAAAGUUUAGCUACGUUUUGUACUAAAAUUCGUUAAAAUUGAUUUUCACAAAAUGGCCCACUCAGGGGUAGUCCCCGGUGGCAAACGUAAAGAAAUCUACAAAUAUGUGGCCCCUUGGCCCUUGUACAGUAUGAACUGGUCGGUAAGACCCGAUAAGAGAUUUCGUCUAGCCUUAGGCAGCUUUGUGGAAGAGUAUAAUAACAAAGUACAAGUCGUUUCUUUAGAUGAAGAUAGUAGCGAGUUUUCGGCUAAAAGCACUUUCGAUCAUCCAUAUCCCACCACCAAAAUCAUGUGGAUACCGGACAGUAAAGGGAUAUUUCCUGAUUUACUAGCUACCAGCGGUGAUUAUCUGCGAGUUUGGAGAGCCGGUGAACCGGACACGAGACUGGAGUGCGUCUUAAACAACAACAAGAAUUCCGAUUUCUGCGCACCUUUAACGAGCUUCGACUGGAACGAAGUCGAUCCCAACCUAGUGGGAACGUCUUCUAUCGAUACGACUUGCACGAUUUGGGGAUUGGAAACGGGCCAAGUGAUGGGUCGAGUCAACUUGGUAUCCGGCCACGUCAAAACGCAGCUCAUAGCCCACGAUAAAGAAGUGUACGACAUCGCCUUUUCUCGAGCGGGAGGCGGUCGAGACAUGUUCGCCUCCGUCGGAGCCGACGGUUCCGUAAGGAUGUUCGAUCUACGACAUUUGGAGCAUUCUACCAUUAUAUACGAAGACCCUGCGCAUACUCCUUUAUUACGGUUAGCUUGGAAUAAGCAAGACCCUAAUUAUUUAGCUACUAUAGCUAUGGAUGCUUGCGAGGUUAUAAUUCUGGAUGUGCGAGUGCCGUGCACACCGGUGGCGCGUUUGAACAAUCAUCGGGCUUGCGUGAACGGUAUAGCAUGGGCGCCGCAUUCUAGUUGUCAUAUUUGUACGGCCGGCGAUGAUCAUCAGGCUCUCAUUUGGGAUAUCCAGCAGAUGCCGAGGGCCAUCGAGGAUCCGAUUUUGGCGUAUACGGCGGCCGAAGGGGAAGUCAAUCAGAUACAGUGGGGCGCUACGCAGCCGGAUUGGAUUGCCAUUUGUUACAACAAAUCUUUAGAGAUUUUGAGGGUAUAAGAGCGAACUUAGACCUAUGGAAUUAGUACGGAUUGAGUCGGAGUCGCGAAGUGCUUUGAUGUGGAAAAUAUUAAUUUGGAAGUGAAUGAAAUGGAAUACUUAUGAACUAGUAGCAUUUUAGUGUUUUUUUGAAUCGAUGACCAUUAGUAAUGUUUAGAGAAUUCACUUUUUAACGAAACAGUUAUCGAAGUUCUAAUGAAUCAUUUAUCAUCCACAAAAGCGAGGGUUGGAUUGAAUUAGUGCAAUAAUAGUAAAUUGAAACGGCGAUUUUGCUAGAGAUAUUCAGAUAGAUAGAUGAUGGGCAAAGUUGCAUGAAAAUUGAAAAUAUUGCGGAAGGAGUUUGGGGAUUUUCUGUUUACAAAAUUUUCUACCAGACCAACGUUCCUUCGUAAAAUAAUCCAUUCUUUUAAAUGUAGCUAGUAUUAUAUUUAUUACAUGAACAAAAACAUUCUUAAAUAGCUCCGCUAAUUUUUUUUUGUAAACUACUUACAUAUAAUUUUAGUAUUUUGUAUUAUUUAAAUAAAUGUUUUUUUCUACAAACUUCAAUUUAUAUCGACAUGUGAGAAAAUUAACAAAAGUUUCAUACAAAAUAAAAUACAGCCAUUGAAAAAAAAACUGUAAUUCUUACAACUAUUUUUUGGGGCAUCCUUUAUAGAUAUGUACAAAAAGCGUAUAAACUCAAUUUAUAAAAAAAAUAUUAACAAUAUGUACAAUUAAUAAAACUCGAUUCGAUUAUUUCGCAUCUUAAGUAUUAUCGGGCCACACCUGGGGUUCACCAUCCUUCGCGACUUCUCCUUGGCUCUCGCUCUUCUCGUUAUC